CAGAGUCUGCAAGAAAGAGCUGCCCAGGAUAAGAACAACUGCACAAAGUGAGAUAGAGAGAGCGAGAGAAAGACUGUACCGACUGGGCAACAAGGUACCACUGGGGUAUGAGUAAGGCAGUGCAGAUGCACAACCGAGUAAUUAGAAGGUGCGGAGACUGCAAGAAAGAAAUGAGAAAGCAAAGAUUAUAUUAAAAAUGAGAAGUAUAGAGAGCAAAGUUUAGAGAUUGAAAUAUGAAUGUGGAAACCAGUAAUGCUGGAAGAUGAGGGAGAGUGGGUCGUAGGAGUACUAUGAUUCUGGAGGGGGAUUUGCAAACUUUUUUUGAAGAAUAACUUAAUAGGCAGGUAGGUGGGAACUUGAAUAGGAGAAGGAAUAUUGUCUAUUACUUAUUAAAAAUGAUAAGUACCAAUGUGAGUUUUCAUUAGGAGGAUUUUUAGGACAAGUACACUGUGUAGGAUAUAAGUAGCAUUCUAAGUGAGUGGUAGGUUAGGUGAAAGUUUAGAGGAUAGCUGUGAUCAAGUUAGAUGGGUCGGAAAGACAGGAGAGAUAUAGAUCUGGUAGGAUAGUGGAAGGUGUGUUUGGGUUUAAGAAGAUAGGUGAAUGUGUCUGGCACUACAAGUAAAGUUGGCUAGAUGAACAUUUGAUAGGUAAGAUACAUGAUUUGAUAGGCUAGUUGGGAAUGUGGCAGGAUACAGUGUCUUGGUAAGAUAGCUGAUAAUUUGGUAGGCUAGUUGAGAGUGGGCUAGCAGAGUUUUGAAACAUAGCCGAGAGUUUGCUUGGAAAGUUUACAUUGUACUGGAAAAGUUACUCCAGAGUUUGGCUGGAUAUAGGUUAGGUUCUGAAGAGCUGAGAAUCUGCUAGGUCAGUUUGAUAGGACAAGUAAAUGCUCUUUAGUAUAGGUAAGAAUGUGUUAGGCGAGUUAUACAUCAAAGAGCAAACUGGCUUUAGCUGAAAGUAUACCACGACUGGUGAGAGCGUUUUGGAUUAACUGAAGGCAGUUAAGGGUCUGCGAUGGAUGGAGGAAUAGUAAAGCAAGGGGCUCUGUACCUGCAACACCAGCAGCGUUUUGGGAAGAAAUGGAAGAAGGUGUGGGCAAUGCUUUAUGAAGCUACCUGCUCGGGCCUAGCACGCCUAGAGAUGUUCGAGGGCUCACAACCCCCAGACAGUGGGCGCAAGCCAGAAUGCUGGAAGUUGCUUCAGCUUAGUGAAUGCGUCAGUGUGUCAGAACGCAAUGGGGAAGGCAGCCCAAAAGACACCCGUUCAUUCAGCAUUGAGACUGCCCAGAGAGUGUACCUGCUUGCCAGCGAGACAUCUGAACAGCCAGGCUGGGUGAAAGCUCUCUGCAGUUUGGCAUUCCCUCAGGAUCGUUUGCCUCUGGAGAGGAAGACCAGCCAGCCUGCCCAGUCAGAUCUCCAUCUGCAGGAAAAUGAGCUCUACAGCACUAAACGAGAGACUGUAUUUGUGGUACGAAUUAGGCCAACUGAGGCAUCCAUUCGAUGUGGUCUCAAUGGAAUGUACACAUUGUCAGCUGAGAACAGCUGCCUCUUUCUGAGGGACCGCCAAACUGGAAGCUCCCUGUAUAACUGGCCUUACCCUUACCUGAGGAGAUUUGGCAGAGAUAAGAGCAUGUUCUCAUUUGAAGCUGGCCGCCGUUGCAAUUCUGGUGAAGGAAGCUUUGAGUUUGAGACUCCUCUUGGGGGUCAAAUUUUCCAGGCAAUAGAAUGUGCUAUCAACACACGCAGUGGAAAACAGCAAGUGAUUGAAGAACAACCAUUGUCUUCCAGAAAAAGAACCACCUCCCUUUUACCUAAAGGCCCUGCAGUUCCAGUGCCAUGUCCUCAGAGCGAUGUGAUUGGCAAGCCAUCCAUUAAAGAGGAGAGUGAAUAUGCAGUGCCCUUUGAUAAGGUAGCACAAAAACUCUUAGCUACUGGUUUUGGAGGUCUUUUAGGACCCCAGGUACCUGCACAAGGAAAGCUCCCAAAAACUCAUCAGGCAGAGCCCAUAUACGAUGAGCCAGGGACUCCUCAGAAUCCUGUUUAUGAUGAGCCAGAAGUCAUAAGGUCUGAGGCCUGGAAGACUCAGGCCACUGAUGCUCAUGAAACUGGUUAUGAAUACCCCUAUUUACCAGGAUGGGAUGAUUAUGCAGUGCCCAGGGGAUCUGGUGCUGAUGGGGAGCAGCAAGGAGAGGCAGAGGAAUGGGGGGAAAAAGGAGAAAGGGCAUAUGAUAAUAUUACGUUAAAGGGUGGGAAUGAAAACUGAGGGGACCUGUGAAUCUCAGUUUGAAUUGAACUAUUGUUGAUACCACCCUGGCAGUGGAAACGUUUACAGGACUUGAUUUAACCGCUGCUUUGCAUUAAAUGGGCUUUCUAAAUUUCUUAAGCCUUCCAAAUAAUCCUGCCAGCCAAUCCCAGUAUGCAUUGCAGUAAACAUUGGAGAUGUCUGGCAAGGAAAUUAUUACAGAUGUGAUACACUCAGGGACAUUUAGGUAUAGUAGAAUUCAGCUGAAUCCAAAAUUAAACUAGAAUCUGGUGAACCCGCAUUUUACAUAUGACAAGAACAUUUGUGCUACUACUAUAAACUGUUGGCCAAUAAAUAUGUUUCUGAAUCUC